UCAUUCUGGGCAAUGAGAUCAUUGAGACGAGACUCGCUUGCGCCACAGCUUUACACAUUCGAGAACCACAGACCAAGGGCCUCGAUUGUCGAGUAGCAACACGCGACCGGCUGCACUCAGCCCUCAGCCGCUCCAAUCUUGUGGCCUGCCCAUUUGGCGCAGAUCAUCAAAUGCGCAUUUCCCAGCCUCACCUCCUUUCCUAGAAUUAUCAACGUCGCAUGCCGACAACUGCCACGGAGCGACGCGGUUUGUUGACCUCUCGCCAAGAUGUUUGGACGCGGCAUGUUUCGCUUGCUUCUCCUGCUCACCUCCCUGUUUCUGCUAUACAUUUCUUUCCCGUAUCUGUACCACUUGGGCGAUUAUGUGCGACAAACGAACCCCUUCUCCGGCCAGAAGGACAUCGAGCGGCCUUUUGUCGCCACCGAGACCGAACUGGCCUGCCUCAACGGUACCCCCAUCCCGGGCGACCCCCACGAUGAUGGCACUGCCAAGCCCAUACCCAAUGUGGUGCAUUUCAUCUUCGGGCUGAAGAACCCCCUCUACCACCCGGGCGCCGGCCACUUCGACUUCCUGAAUUACCUAGCCGUCCGCAGCGCCCUCGUUUCCCUCAAGCCCGACGCCGUCUACCUCCACUACACCUACCUCUCCGAGCCGCCCUCGCCCUCGGCCGAUGCCGACCCGCUCACCAACCCGUGGGUGCGCCGCCUCGCCAACGACAUCACCCUCGUGCACCACCCGCCCUGCGCUAGCGCGGCCCAGUACGCGCACAUGAGCGACACCCUCCGCCUCCGCCUCCUGCUCGAGCAUGGCGGCAUCUACUUAGACAUGGACACCUUCGCGCUGCGGCCAUUCACCCACAUCCUCGGUCCGCCGCACCCACGCGACACCGUCCUCGGCGCCGAGGGCGGUAACCGAUGGGGGCUCUGCAACGCCUUCGUGGCCGCCCGCCCCAACAGCACCUUUGUCGCGCGCUGGCUGACCAGGUACCCAGCGGCCGACGACGCCUCGGGCGCGGCCGACCUCGGGCGGGCGUGGAACUACCACAGCGUGCUGCUGCCGCGCGAGCUGGCGGCCAGCCACGCGGGCGAGGUAUGCCCGCUCGCGCCGGACGCCUUCUUCUGGCCCACGUGGACGUGGCGCCACGUCGACUGGAUGCACGCCCCGCUGGGGCGCGCCGCCGCCGACUUCUGGGCCGCCGAGAUCGAGCGCCACGGCGGCGCCCUGUUCGCGAACCAGCUCGCCUACCACGCCUGGGGCCAGAUGGCCUAUGACAGGUACCUCAAGCGGCUGAACCCGCGGGUUGUGAGGGACAGGGACACGAGGUUCAACCUCCUUGUGAGGCGCUUCAUGGAGGAUGAUCUGUAGGGCCGGGACCAGGACUUUGCUUUGCUCUGUAGGGCUUGUUGGCGUUUCCCUCGACGGACGAGCUGGCGCUUUAUAUGGGUUGUGUUUGGGAAUAGAGGGAAUAGGGAACUCUGGAUACCCUUUCUACUAGGUCCUUGGCGUCGGGGGAAAAGGCGUAAAACCAAGGUUGGUUCUAUUUUGUGGGACAGGUUGGACGGGUUAUGGUCUGGAAAAUUGUCGGCCAACUAGAUUAUGUCACUGCUUAGCUUGGAACAAUAUAUAUUACGUGUCCUGUGCAUGCUGGCUAAAUGUUGGGUCCGUCUAGUUUCGUCCCAUGAACGCCUCUAGAGCGCCUAAAAUAC